AUGGCCUCUCCACCGCAACUCGACACUGUCAAGAUUGACGUCGAUAGCGACGCCAUUGCCAUCAUAACAUACAACCGGCCUAAGAACGCAAAUGCAUUGAACACGACUAUCCUAAAGGAUGUCCUUGCCGCCCUCAAAUGGGCCGAGUCCGCCCCUUCGAUCCGCAUAAUCAUCACAACCGGCGCCGGGAAAUUCUACACCGCGGGCCUGGACCUGCUCGACCCCAUCAACCAAGACACGACGACGGGCGCGACGAUCAACAAGGAGUUCAUAACGGCCAUCUCCGCGAUCCACGAGGCCAUCAUCAAGACUGACAAAAUCGUCAUCUCAGCCGUCAACGGUCCCGCACCAGGUUGGGGCACCUCGUCGAUCGCGCUCUCUGAUUUGGUGUAUGCUGUUCCCUCGGCGAUCUUCUUCACGCCGUUUGUGCAAUGGGGUCUUUGUGCGGAGGGAUGUUCGUCGUUGACAUUCACGCGGGCGAUGGGAAGGCAGAAGGCUUCGGCGUUGAUUCUGGCGGGGCAGAGGAUGACGGCGGCGGAGUUGGAGUCAGCGGGACUGGUGACAAAGGUUUUGGAGGCGGAAGGAUUCUUGGAGCAGGUUUUGGGGAUUGCGAGGGGAAUGGUCAAGUUGCCGGAGAAGUCGCUGAAGGCUAAUAAGGCGCUGUUGAUGAAUGGUGGGUUGAGGAAUGAGCUGCUGGAGACGAAUCGAAAGGAGAUGGAGAUGUUGGCGACGCAGGCGGGUGGGGAGGAGAGCAAAGGCGCGAUUAAAGGGUUUAAGGAGGAGACAGACAGGAAGAAGAAAGAAAAUGCGAGUAAGUUGUAG